AUGUCAGUACAAGCAGAAAAUAGAAAUACUUCACCAGUACUUGAUCAAACUUCAGGUUCUGGUAGUCAUACUGCCCAAGGUUCAUUAUUAGAAAAAAAUCCAGAAGAUCAUGAAACUCCUUCAGAUCCAAACCAAAUACCUUCAGCUCAUGAAUUGGAAAACAACUUACCUACUUUACCAGAAAAAUCAUUCAAAGAUUACAUUUUAAUUUGUUUCUUUUGUAUGUUAGUUGCAUUUGGUGGGUUUAUUUUCGGUUUCGAUACCGGUACCAUCUCUGGUUUCGUUAAUAUGAGUGAUUAUAAGAGAAGAUUUGGUGAAUAUUCCAAUGGUGAAUACUCAAUUUCUACUAUUAGAACUGGGGUCAUUGUUGCAAUUUUCAAUGUUGGUUGUGCCGUUGGUGGUAUCAUUUUAUCUAAAAUUGGUGACAUAUGGGGUCGUCGUAUGGGUUUAACUGCUUCAAUGGUUGUUUAUAUUAUUGGUAUAAUCGUUCAAAUCUCAUCAGUUGACAAAUGGUACCAAAUUGUUGUUGGUAGAGCCAUUUCUGGUUUAGCUGUUGGUUGUGUUUCAGUUUUAUCCCCAUUAUUCAUUGGUGAAUCCGCUCCAAAAACUUUAAGAGGUACAAUGGUUUGUUGUUUCCAAUUAUUCAUCACGUUAGGUAUCUUCUUAGGUUACUGUACUACUUACGGUACUAAAGUUUACUCCGAUUCAAGACAAUGGAGAAUCCCAUUAGGUUUAUGUUUUGCCUGGGCCAUCUUUUUAAUUAGUGGUAUGGCCGCCAUGCCUGAAUCUCCUCGUUACCUUAUCGAAAAGAAGAAAAUCGAAGAAGCCAAGGUUUCUAUCGGUAGAUCUAAUAAAGUUAGUCCCGAAGAUCCUGCUGUUUACACUGAAGUUCAAUUAAUUCAAGCUGGUAUCGAUAGAGAAAAUUUGGCUGGUUCUGCUUCUUGGAGUCAAUUAAUUACUGGUAAACCAAGAAUUCUCAAUAGAGUUGUUGUCGGUAUGGUCUUACAAUCUUUACAACAAUUAACUGGUGAUAACUACUUCUUCUACUAUGGUACUACUAUUUUCCAAGCAAUUGGUUUGAAAGAUUCUUUCCAAACCUCCAUCAUUUUAGGUAUCGUUAAUUUCGCUUCUACUUUCGUUGGUAUUUGGACUAUCGAAAGAUUCGGUAGAAGAUUAUGUUUGUUGACUGGUUCUGCUCUUAUGAGUGUUACUUUCAUCAUUUAUUCCGUAUUAGGUUCUGUUCAUUUAUAUAAAGGAGGCUACGGUGGUGAAACCUACACUGAUACUGGUAAAGCUAUGAUUUUCAUCACUUGUUUGUUCAUUUUCUUCUUUGCUUCUACAUGGGCUGGUGGUGUCUACACUAUUGUUUCCGAAAUUUAUCCAUUAAGAAUUAGAUCUAAAGCUAUUGCUGUUGGUUCAGCAUGUAACUGGAUUUGGGGUUUCUUAAUUUCGUUCUUUACGGUUGCUACUGGAGUUCCUCUUAUUACUGCUGAUAUUCACUUUUACUAUGGUUUCGUUUUCACUGGUUGUUUGAUUUUCAGUUUCUUCUUUGUUUUCUUCUUUGUUUAUGAAACCAAAGGAUUAAGUUUGGAAGAAGUUGAUGAAUUAUACUCUAGUGGUGUUUUACCAUGGAAAUCUGGUGGAUGGGUUCCACCAUCAAAAGAAGCUAUGGCUACUACAACUGGUUAUGCCAGUGAAAGUAAACCUGAAGAAGAACACGUCUAA